UACUGAGUCAUGAAGACUGGUGCCACCGUUCUUAUCCUUGGGAGCCUGGUAUUGAUAGCCUACCUGCCUUUGGUGUUGAUGUCACCUAAAACCCUGGCCAUCCCUGAGAAGCUACAACAAGCCGUGGGGAGAGUCGUCGUCAAUGCCACAGCCUGUACUGUUACGUGUGGCCUUGGCUACAAGGAGGAGACCGUCUGUGAGGUGGGUCCCGACGGAGUGAGGAGGAAGUGCAAGUCCCAGCGCUUGGAAUGUCUGACCAACUGGAUCUGCGGAAUGCUCCAUUUCACCGUUGUCCAUGGGGAGGAGUUGGAGCUGAGCUGUCUCAGCUCAGACAUCCUGGAGGUGGGGCAGGAGGCUUUCCGCUUCACCUGGAAGCUUGCUCGGGGCAUCAUCUCUACCAACGAUGAGGUUUUCAAGCCCUUCCGGGCUAACUCUCACUUCCUGCGCUUUAAGCCUGCCUAUGAGCGUGACUCUGGGACUUACCGCUGUGAUGUGCAAGUGUUCAAAAGCUUGAGAUUUGUCAAGAGGCUCUACUUUGGCCUGAGGGUCCUUCCUCCAACGCUGGUAAACCUGAAUUUCUAUCAGUCCCUUACUGAGGACCAGAAGCUAGCGGACGCGGGCUGGGAAGUUAAUCUCGACAACCAUUCUAAACCUCACCUCCCAAAGUGGCAGAAGAAGGUAGCAUCGGCCUUAGGCAUAGGGAUUGCUGGUGGAGUGGUCGGCGGUGUUGUGGUAAGCCUCGCUAUCCGCAGUGUGCUGAGGGAGGUUGAUGGCAACGGCAGCCUCAGCAGCGGAUAGCAUACGCCUCCUUACUCCUGGGAGGCUGGCUGCCCAGGAAGCUGAGCUAGCUUGUACACGAGUGUCAGUCACUCUGAGAGUGAAUUGAAAUGGCAAGAGAGGGCCCUCACAGCCGGAGGUCACCUAGGGGGCUUGGGGCAGCAGUG